AUGAUUCGAUUCCGUUCUGGUAUCUUACCAUGUCUCAUUACCAGCUCUCUUCUAUUCUUCCUCUACUUUCGACUUCCCCCUCCACACAAGGACAUACCCGCUCCAUUGGAUCUCCUGCCUCUGCCCUUACCAAAGGAGUCCAACGUCCUGCAUCCCGGAGAAUUCGUCGAUCCCACUUAUUCCGACAUUGAUAUCAACGUGGUUCUAUCCUCAAACGAUCCGUCCGAUGAGCCUGAGGGAGAGGGAACUCUUAAUGACUUGCCACAGAAUAGGUUCUACCAGGGAGGAAUCCUCACUCUAACGACUCAGAACGGCUCUACCGAGCACCCCAAGCCGGCUAUUUACGAUCCCUAUCCUGCUUACAACACUCCUCGAUGGCAUAAGACAUGGGCGGGAAGUUUCGAGGCUUGCCGUGGGCCUCGCGGGAGGGAUUUGGAUCGCGGCAGUAGUGAGGAUAUGAUGUCUGUUUACCGUGGGACACAGAAGGGAUUCCCCGCUGCCAUGUUCGGAUCUCACAAGGCCGUCGGUCUAGACCAGGAUGUCUGUGUAGAUCGCUAUGCUCGCUACGGUCCCUACGGAAUAGACGAAAACAACGACGCUGCGAUUUCGGGAUUCGAAAGGCCCAGCAGAGUCCUCUGGACAAAUGUCAACUGGGGCUAUCUUCAAUCACAAUGCUACGAACGCAACGCCGAACGCUAUCGCCCCGAUCGACCAGACCAGCAUUACGGGCAGCACAUUCUCUCCCUCUACCCGCCAACUCUCGGAGAACAUAUGAGCAUCCCGAGCAAGCCCGCCGGUCUUUCAUACAAGACACGCUCGGCCGUUGUCCUGCGUGCCUCGGAAACAAUGCGAUGGACCCCCAGUCACACCCAAUACCUCCGCUCGUUGAUCAUGGAACUAGCGCUCCACACUGGAUCCGAGUACCAGGUGUUUUUCAUGGUGGACGUGCACGACGAAUCAAUCGAUCUCAAAAACGACGAAGACGCAGUCCGAGCACUCAAACAACGAAUCGUGCCAUCCGAGUUCCGCAAUAUGACAGUCCUCUUCAGCGAACACCUCCUGGCAGAAUGGUACCCAAAGAUAAACGAACACCGCGCAAUCUACCAGCACCUCCAAGCCCUGCAAGUCUUCGCCCAGAUGUACCCCGAAUUCGACUACUAUUGGCAACUAGAAUUCGACAACCGAGUCCUCGGCCACACAUACCACUUCCUCGAACAAGCCAUCGACUUCGCCAGAAAACAACCACGAAAGUACCUCUGGGAACGAAACGCCCACUUCUACACGCCAGGCGUGCACGGCACCUACGCCGACUUCUCGCAAACAAUCGCCAACGCAAUGAGCGGCAAGCACAGUAUCUGGGGGCCCGUCCAGCACGAGGGGAUCCAGCCAGCCGGUCCAACGCCGCCACCCGGGUCUCGGCCUGAAAAGGAUAACUUCAAAUGGGGCGUUGGGGAAGAGGCCGAUCUGAUCACCUUCCUGCCUAUCUUCGAUCCGAGGAAUACAUCAUGGACGUUCCCUAAUAUGAUCUGGAAUGUGUCGGCGGAUAUUCCGCGCCGCGCGUCGGUCAUCACGCAGUGGCGGCUGUCUAGGAGGUUGUUGCUGGAGAUGCAUAAUGCGCAGCGGCGACGGGGGGAGGCAUUUGCGUCGGAGAUGUCGGCGCCUUCGUGGGCUUUGCUGUAUGGCUAUAAGGCUGUUUAUGUUCCGCAUCCGAUGUAUAUGGAUGGGUUGUGGAGUCCGCGGGAAAUGGAUAGGAUGUUUAAUCGGGGCGAGGUGGACAAUGUUAAUGGUGGGUCGGAUAGUAUUUGGAAUUGGGACCAUCGGUUUGAUUUUCUUUGGUAUCGCUUUUCUUAUAUGUUUGCGACGCAGACGGCGGAAGAUCUGUUUCGGAGGUGGCUUGGUUUUCGGCCGGAUCCGAGGUUGCGUUUGGAUGGGAUUCGGCUUGAAUAUCGUCCUGGGAGGUAUUGGGAUGAUGGAGGCAGCUUGGAUGAAUCUGCCAAUGGUCGAUUGUGUUUCCCGUUCAUGCUUCUGCAUAACAUUAAAAAUACCGAGUCUGAGAAAACGAGCAAUUUGCCUGUCACGGAUUCUGCUUUGAAGGAUGACGCUACAUGA